AUGACCCAAUACCAUAUUUUUUAUUUUCGACUGGGAAGCUUUGCUUAAUGUACCGCGGGAGGAAAUACCCGCGUUGUGAUUUGAAGCACGAUUUCGGACCCUGAGGGCGUCAACCGGGCCAGGUAAACAUGUCUGAACGUGAGUGUGUGCAGUGAUACAUCACGUAGUGCUAGCGACGCCACACACGCAGGAGCAAACCUGAGACAUCAUCGCCUGAAGCUGACUAAUUGAGUGGACGUCGUUUGCAGUCGUUCCUUGCUUGUGACUUCAUGAUAUGUCGUUAAACCGGCGCUGAGAUUUCACCAUCAAAAUGUGUCGUGAUUAGACUUGAGACCAGUCCUCACUGAUGGAAUAAUGAGGACAACCAACGGCAUGAUAUCAUCUGAGUUUUCAUGGGAUGCUAUUCUAACUUCUCGGUACCUUGAUUGGCCAAGUUUGUAGAGCUUGUGUUUGCUCUUGUAAAUAUUUAACUUAAGUUGACCUUUGUCAGAGGUCAUUACAGAAACAAUAUAUCUUGCUUCGUUGGCCACUCUCUGACUCAAUAGAGUUUUGAGGGCUGUGUUUGGACAACUGUGAAUCAUCCGCAAGUUUUGGGACGAUACCCAAAGUUUCAGAAUAGGUUGUUAAAAAAUCUCCUGCAACAUGAAUGAAUCGAAUGAUACUGGAAGCGAUGGCCCCUACUACCACGUCUGUAUGGAUUACUAUAACGAACCCAUGUACAAUGAACCAAUAUGGCUGCAGGUUCUCUUUGGUGUUUUCUUCGGCCUGGUAACCGUCCUCGGAAUUGGCGGGAAUGCUAUAGUUUGCUACAUUGUUCUUGGUCACCGCAGGAUGCGCACAGUGACCAAUUACUUCGUGGUCAAUUUGGCCGUGAGUGACCAACUCAUGGCCGUCAUGUGCGUCAACUUCACCUUCUACACGACGCUCUACAUGACCUGGCCGUUUGGUUUGGUCAUGUGCAAAGCCGUAUCCUUCUUUCAAAGCGUCUCUGUCUCCGUCAGCAUCUUUACCCUAGUCGCCAUCAGCAUGGAGCGGUACAUGGCGAUCAUCCAUCCGCUGAGACCGCGUCUAGGCUCCACUGGGACCUUACUGGUGAUCUUGUUCAUUUGGAUCAGCUCCGGUGCCUUGGGACUUCCCACCGCCAUCUACUCUACCGUCUACCUGGAGGACGGGAUGACCUAUUGUUCCGAGGAGUGGGGCCAACGUGGAAACUACAGCUUUGCCACCAUGGUCCUCCAGUACUUCUUACCUCUGGGAGUGUUAGGAAUGGCGUAUACUCGGAUUGGAAUAAGGAUCUGGGCUCGGAAGACACCGGGAGAAGUGGAGGCAAAUCGAGAUAGACGGAUGACUGAGUCCAAGAUAAGGUUAGUCAAGAUGUUCGCCGUGAUAGUGUUCCUCUUCGCCAUCUGCUACCUCCCUAUUCACACCUUCAACAUCGUACAAGACGUUCACCAAUACACCGUGCUCUGCUACCCCUACAUCCGGGUCAUCUACGUCACCGUCAUUGCCGUUGCCAUGAGCAACUGCGUCUACAACCCUUUCAUCUACUGCUGGAUGAAUAGUAAAUUCCGAGACGGGUUUAAGAAUGUCUUGCGCUGCUUGCCUGGGUUACGGCGCCACCAGCGACAGCAGGCGUCUCAGUCUGGAUCCUUCCGGGGAUUGAAGAGGACCAGCACGCUUAACACGCACAUGCAGUCCUGACUAUAGGCCGGCAUUGAAUACAUGAGAACAAGAAGAGGUCAACACCGCCAUGUUUGCCAAUUUUAAAUCAUACCCUGCACGGUAUUUGUUCACACAGAGGGCGCCCUUGUGUGCAGAGUGGGUUGCAGUCGAGUCAAGUAAUGUGCGAAGUAACGGGGAAUGAGCACUGACGAAGGAGUGAUGUUGUCACAGUUUGCUAGAAUGGCUUGUGAGUUGAGUUGAGUCGAGAAAGGAUGAGUUGGGGUUGAGCUGUUUGGAUUUGUGAGGAAUGUUGUAAACUGUGCUUGUGUGUACCAGAAGGGCCGAAUCUCACGCAUUUUUGCGCAUCAGCGCCAUAUGCAUGGAGGAUAGUUCCUUCUCCGAGCCUAAAAAAAUCACUUUCUACCUUCUUGUUCUCAUGUAUUCAAUUAGUAUCUGGCUCCAUGAAAAUAAUUGCAAGUUUAAAUAUUGCCUCGAAGGGAAAUAUUUUUUUGUGGUCGUUAACUUUCUAUAAUGAUGACAUCGCACGUACUGUACAUUGAACUGUAGCAUUUAGUGAACACGUGGUUUGCUUCACCUAAGUUUCCAAUUUCACUAUUAAAUUAUGUGGUUAGAUAAAGCAUCCACAUUAUGGAUGUUAUUUUUUCUGAAAUAUAUAGUUUAAGCCACUAGCAUAAUUCCUUUAUUAAUUUAAAAGUUUUAUACAGUAAAGAAUUAAAAGCACUUAUUUUGGAAGGGAAACAGUGUGUGCAGUUUACGGCGUGCUAAUGGAUAUAUAAAUAGACUGAACAGAAAACUUGG